UGCAAACACAUUAUUUGUAUAGAUGUGUCAAAAUGUUCUUGAAAGUAUGUUAUUUUAUGUUAUACAGUGCAUGAUAAAAGAUUUUGUGUAUUAAAUUCUGUUUAAAUUCAUUCUAAGCCAUAUUAAAGUGUAAUAGCCUGCAGUGAAAAUUGUCAAUUACAGUUAAUCAUGUGUAGAUAUUUUGAGACUAUUGCUAACAUUUCUGUUUUAUUAUUUCAGUUGCUGGGCAGCAUUAUGAGCUGGCAUGCUAUUAUAUCGACCAGUAUUCUACAGAACCUAGCUCUAGACGGCCUCCUAAACCGUUAUGUCAUCCUGGGACUCUGUAACUCUGUUUUGAACCAGGAAACCAUACAGAAAUGUCACUCGGUUGUCUCUACAUUCCCCAAGGAGUGGUUUGCUGGUCUGGACGAGGAGAAGACUCUACCCCAGCUGGAGAAUCUCUGUAAAUACAUGGUAUCUGCUGCUAAAACCAUUGAGAAGGACCUAGCUGCAGCUAAAGAUAUGGACAAGAAAGACCACAGAGACAUGAUUAAACAGAUCAGCAAGAUUCUGGUGAACGUUCACGCCCUAAAUCACGCCCUCAGCCUUCAAGCAUAACAGGGACACAUAAUUGCAGAAGGAACACCACUGGAACUGUCUCCAGGCCGGAAUUUGUGUUCGCUGAACUGUAAUGUGCUCAUAUAGGGACAUCUGAUAAUACAGAUGACCAAGUACUGAAUUACAUUAAACAUUGCUGCAAGAUUUGUAAUUCAGAAGUGCUUCAAAAUAUGACAAAUUUAUAGUGAUUUUUCCUGGUCUUUUGUGUUGUGUAGAAUAAAUUAAAAUGAUACAGUAUCCUGUAAAGAAUAUUCUCAAUACUGCAAAGUAACAUGCAGGAACAUAUAUGAAAAGAAGUAUGCUUUCUACUCCAAAACAGAUGUCUAAUGAAGAACAUUCACUACAUACACCUUAAAGUGACAUAUUUGUGUGUUCUCAUGAAUAUGCUGUCUCCAUGCCAAAGUGAUGUGCCAUUGUGAAUCUCAGAAAGAAUGCUCUCUAUACCCCAAAUUGACAAGUUAAGAGUAACCUUGUCUAGGAUGUUCUCUAGCCCAACAUGCCGGAGUGUAUCUCAUGAAGGAAAUUCACCUGCACCCAUGAGUGUCGCGAUGGAGCAUUCUCAUAAUUCAAGCUCUAUAUACCCCAGUGAUAUGUUAAACCAUACCUCAUGAAGGAGACUUUCUACACCUCAAAGUGAUGUGCUGGAAUGCAUCUUUUGUACAGACACUCCCUACACUCCAAAAUGGUGUUCUUGAGUGUAGCUUGUGAGAGUUGCUCUCUAUAUCUUCAUCCCUUCGUGACAUGCCGCAGCAUUCUCACAACGGACAAAUUACAAUCAAAUGUGAGGAGCUAGAGUGUAUCUGAUGAAAGAUGCUCACUUCACUUUUAAGUAAAAUGCUUCAGUCUAUCUCGUGAAGAACACUCUCUACUCUCAAAAGUGACAUUAAAGAAUAUAUCUCAUGAAGGACCCUCUUUCACUCUCUAUAGUGUAUCUUGUGAAAGAGGCUCCUCACCUCAAAGGGACAUGCUAAAGUGUAUCUCAUGAAGAACACUCUACUCGCCAAAGCGAUAAGCUAGAGUAUCUCAUAAAGGACAAUCUCUACACUUGAAAAUAUCAUGCUAAGUUGUAUCUCAUAAAAGAUUCUCUACAUCCUAAAGUGAGGGACUCAAGGAUAUGUCAUAAAGGAACCGCCUGACACACAGUGAUGUGCUAGGGUGAAAAGGAAGCUUUCCAUACUCCAAACUGACAAUUACAUAUCUCAUGAAGUACAAUCUACACCCCAGAGUGGCAAGCUGGAAUGCAUCUGAUGAACAAUCUCUACAAACCCCAAAGUGAUGAACUAGAGUGCAUUAUGUGAAGAAUUCUCUCACCAUCCUAAAGUGAAUAUCUGGUGAAGGAUGUUCUCUACACCCCAAAGUGACUUGAUAGAGUAUGUCAUUAAGGACAUUCUCUACAAAUACACCCACAAGACAGUCACAAAUUUUCAUAUUCAUCGAUCCAUCUGGAUAACUAUUCCAUUGCACCUCUAGGUGAUAAUCAUUAAGUGUGCACAGUGCACUACAUUAUUAAGCUUUUGUUUGAAUCUUGAUAACCAUUUCAUUGGAACGGGAUGUGUAAAAGGACCCCAGAAAUCAUUGAUUCUAGCCAGAUGUAUUGCAAAUUCUUGUUAUUGAAUAAAUAAAUCAUCAUGUAAGCAAAUUCCGCUGUACAGUAAUUACAUUAAUAUUGAAAUACUUUGCAUGUAUAAAUCAUGUUGGUAUGUUCUAGAUACAUUCUGGAACUAUUAAAGAAAAAAACAUA